CAUGCAGGUGAUUUAGGCCAAACCGGCUGGACCAACUCAACACUAAACCACAUCUCCCAGUCCGACUAUGACAUCCUCCUUCUCCCCGGCGACCUCUCAUACGCCGAUCUCAACCAGCCGUCUUGGGACUCCUAUGCCCGUCUCGUCGAGCCACUUGCCAGUAGUCGGCCAUGGAUGGUCACCGAAGGCAACCAUGAGAUUGAAACCAUACCUCUCAUCGAAUCCACCCCCUUCAAACCUUACAACACCCGAUAUCACAUGCCCUACGAGGAAAGCGCCUCCCCUUCAAACCUUUUUUACUCGUUUGACACCGCCGACAGUGCCGUACAUGUCCUUAUGCUCGGCUCCUACACCGACUUCGACGCCAGCUCCGAUCAGUUCAAAUGGCUGCAAGCUGAUCUAACCAAGCUCGACCGGUCCAAGACCAAGUGGUUGUUCGCCUUAAUACACGCUCCAUGGUACAAUUCCAAUAAAGCGCAUCAGGGGGACGGCGAGGACAUGAGGAAGGCUAUGGAAGAGACUCUCUACGCCGCUCGCGUAGACGCCGUUUUCGCUGGUCAUGUCCAUGCCUACGAGCGCUUUGCAUCUGUGUAUAACAGCAAAAAGGACCAAUGUGGGCCGCUGCACAUCACAAUCGGCGAUGGGGGCAACAGGGAAGGGCUUGCGAACAAGUACAUUGAUCCACAGCCGAGCAUCUCUUUGUUCAGGGAGGCAAGCUUCGGACAUGGGCAGUUGCAGGUUGCGAAUGGUACCCAUGCACUGUGGAGCUGGCACCGAAAUGAUGAUGAUGAGGCUGUGGUGGUUGAUAGCGUGUGGAUUAUCAGUCUUCUUUCCAAUCCCGCUUGUCAAAAAAAGAAUUGA